AUGCGCGCUCUUGCCAAGUUACUCCUAUCUCAACCUCUUCUCCAACAUGAGCACCUACGCUGGAACUCGAUCAUGAAGCUUUUUCAUAGGGACGCUGAGCAGGUUUAUAUCACAGACGUGGCCGAAACAUUGCCUAUAUCACUUCCUUCUGGGCGGCUCCGAAAGCGUGCCAAAGCCGAAUGCGACGGCAACGACACGGUGCUUCUGGACCUUCCCCUACUCGAGAUAGACCGUCCACUCUGGCUCGCAGACGGUAACGUCGUGAUCAUCGCACAGUCUCAGACGGCCUUCCGUGUUCACAAGAGCGUGCUCCUGCGCCACUCCGAAGCAUUCAAGACCCUCCUUGCGGUGGCGGAGCCUACGUUCGGGGAGGCCUCGAAGGUGGAGGGCUGUCCUGUCGUGCAUACUAAAGACACCGCAUACGACUUCAAGCACCUCUUGCAUGCUCUGUACGAUGGGCCCGAGCCGGACCACCCCACUCGUCAAAUUCAUCCGCAACGACGCGAUGAGCCCGUCAACCUCUUCCGCACAUGCAAUCAAGCACGCUUGCUCCCCGCCGCGCUGUACAUGCGCUGCUCGCUGAGUGUGCACACGCUCCUGCACGCGGCGCGGCGCGCAGACGGGACCGCCGAGAAGCUCGCGCUCGAUGACCUCGAGCGCUGCCUCGUCGCGCAGCAGAAGACUGAGGUCCGGAGUACCGCGUUCAAUCAAAGGAUGCUCGACUUCAGUGACCCCGCGCGGCCAGGGUGCGUCGCUCGCGACCCGCCGACGAGCAGUGCGCGUUUGCCACAGCUGUUAAGGAGUUUGGGGGAUGCGGUGGGUGCGCUCGGCGGCGACGCGGGCGCGUCUACGAGGCAGCAGUGUCUCCGUGUCUUCGUCGAGACGCAUCGCAGCCCAGAGAUGCGCGAGACGCUGGGGCUCUGUUGUGUCUGCGCGGAUUACGUGUUAUCGAGCGACCUGCGAUUUUUCGAGGAGCUGUGUCACAAUCUUCCAAACAUCCUCGAUGUGCAAAUACCGGGGUGGCCUGCGGACAGCCCAUAA